UAUGUUUCUCUUUUUUGAUAACUUCAGGUUUGAUGGUGACUUUAUGGAAGCUCUGUUUGGUUAUGUUGCUUCCAAUAGGAAAUCACCUCCAAGAAACCGCAACUCGAACAAUGGAGAGAAUACCAACCCUGAUUCAUCAGCACAGACUUUCAUUCUGGAUCCUCGGAAAUCCCAGAAUACUGCAAUUGUACUAAAGUCUCUAGGCAUGUCUCGCCAAGAAAUUAUUAAUGUACUAAUUGAAGGCAGUGACACAGAUGCAGACACUCUUGAAAAACUUACUAGGAUUGCUCCAACCAAGGAGGAAGAAACUCUGAUAGUUGAUUUCGAGGGAGACCCGAGAAGGCUUGCCGAUGCUGAAUCCUUCCUUUAUCAUCUCCUGAAAGCAAUUCCAUCAGCUUUUGCCCGUUUGGAUGCGAUGGUUUUCAGAAUGAAUUAUGAUUUUGAGAUUCUCCAUCUCAAAGAAUCUUUACAGAUCCUUGAAUUAGGCUGCAGGGAGCUUCGAACUCGAGGACUAUUCAUGAAACUUCUCGAAGCAAUCCUAAAGGCUGGCAAUCGAAUGAAUGCUGGAACUUCAAGAGGGAAUGCUCAAGCUUUCAAUCUUAAUGCUCUUCGAAAACUAUCCGAUGUCAAAAGUAUUGAUGGGAAGACUACUUUGCUUCAUUUUGUUGUGGAAGAAGUAGUUAUAUCCGAAGGUAAGCGCUGCGCUAUCAAUAGGAAUCGUAACUUAAGUCGUAGCAGCAGCAGAAGCAGCAGCAGCAACAGCAGUCUAAACCCUGAAACCAUAGGAUUGAAAAAGGAGAAGGAAAAGGAAUAUGUAAUGCUAGGACUACCACUUGUAGGAGGCCUCAGCGCUGAGUUCUCUAAUGUAAAGAAAGCAGCAGGAAUAGACUACGACACCUUUGCUGCUACGUGCUCAACUCUUACCAGCCGAGCAGCAGCAAUUCGACAGCUUGUGUCCCAGUGUGCAUCUGAUGAAGAAGGAAGUUUCAUGUGGAAGAUGAAAGGAUUUCUUGAUUCGGCUGAGGAAGAACUGAAGGCGGUUAAAGAAGAGCAGGCAAGAGUAAUGGAGCAUCUGAAGAGAACAACAGAAUACUAUCAAGCAGGAGCUUCAAAAGAUAAAGGAGCAAACCCACUACAACUGUUUGUUAUUAUUAAGGAUUUUCUUAGCAUGGUUGAUCAGGUAUGCGUGGAGAUUGCAAGGAAUUUACAGAGAAGGAAGGCAUCAAAUACAGCACGAGGAUCAUCAUCACCGCCCAAGUCAUUGGCAUCAAGAACACCAGUGAGGUUCCCGAUCUUGCCGGAGAACUUCAUGACAGACAAAUCGAGGAGCACUUCCAGUAAAUCGGAUACUGAUUCUUAAUAAGUAGGAUAUUUAUUCAUCUCUGAAAUAUAAUUGAUUACUGUAUAUAGGAUUUGUUCAGAACUCAAGAUGUAAAGUACUGCAUGGUGAUUUUUGAAAGAAUAAAAAAAAUUUCAAUUUUUUUUCUUCAUCCUAAGGAAAAGGGACAAUGAGUGCAGAUAAAACAAUGAGCAUGUCAUGUACUGUCUUCCUCUACUCAAAUACCACAAAAUCAAUUACACUA